AUGGGUACCACCGCGAAAGCGGUAUCCUCGCUCAUGUCGCCUCACGUGGAUAUCAACAAAUAUCAAGGUGAUGAUGGGCAGCCAGUGUACUCGGUGGACGUCGGAGGCGGCGUGGUGCUGCAACAGCAGUGGGUGACGCUAACGGCUAGCAUGUGGCCCGAGCCCACCACGGCCUCAACCAGGGGCUGGAAGAUAUCUUCCGAAAAGUUGCCGCUGCUCGCCGCCGUCUUCUGCGGGGCCGCUCUCGUCGUCUGCCUGCUGUGCGCCUUCUUCCUCUACCGGUGCUGCGUGAUGCCGCGCAGGGAGAAGCAAUUUUGUCUUCGGAAAGCGGAUAACUCGACGGGCACCCAAGUACCGGCGGUGGUACCGCCAGCGCACCCCAACCAAGCCGCCGUCUUCGCCGAGCAGAAGGGCUGCACCUGGGGGUACAGCAACCGCCUGGUGGCGCCUGCGCAGCCGAGCCCUUGGUACAUUCCCAGGGUCAUAGGAGGGCCCCAGUGCACGCAGUGUCCCGGUAUUUGCCCCGUUCCCAGGAGCUCGAGCAAUCCUGGGACUUCCUCUAAUAACGCUCCUUCAACGAGCAAGUCUUCUAUGAGGAAACAGCGACCUCUCAGCCAGCCCAUUCCGCAGAAUUUGAACGGGGAGAUCGUACCGAAAACGCCUCUGCCGGAGAUCUCGGAGUUUUCUCCCAGCAGCCCGCAAUACGCUUCGAGCAGCAUUUUAGAUGAAGUUGGAACCAAAGAGGAUAAGGUUUCUGGGGAACCUUCGCUGAAGACCAGAAGCCUACCGGCCUGGGUGAGGUCGAAACCUAGGCCUCUAUCGACAGAAGACGAUAUUAACGAUCUAUACGCUAAGGUAAACUUUAGUAAAAAACGAAAAAAUCGAAUGCGCAACGACGAGGCCGCGAUAAUAGCUUUAAGCAAAUCCAGGAGCCAGUUCCUGCACAAGGACACGGAUUCUUUGGUCGACAAUGAGGCUGUUAUAGUGUACGAUGAACGUACGGCUUUGUAA